UACGUGCAAAAUGCAUCCAUUCAAGAUACCGAGCUUACAAGUUGUACCUACGAGUACUUCCUACCACGAAGAGGGCGAAGGCGCGCUCUACUCGCGACACGGACAAGAUCCAUUUGUCAAGAACUCACUCGUCAAGAACUCACAUGUGCGCCACUGUGCUCCUCGGAGCGGACUGCCCGACACCCGACGCUGCGAUGAGCGAGAUCCGGGCGAGGAUCAGCGACGACGAGCUUACCGGCGAUCUCCGCGCCACCGGAAGCGCGCUGCGUAUCCCGCCGUCUCAAGAUCGCGUCGCCGCCGAUCUGCACCCCGCAGCGACGGCCGAAGACGAAGCGCGCGACACGGACGGGCUACGCGGCGCACGACGGCCCCCGAUGAGCAAGAUCAGUACCGGGAUCGCGAUGAGGAGCCUACCGGUGCGAUCCGCGCGGCUUGACGGCGAUCUGCGCAACGCCCGGCACCUUGGAGCGAGCUACGUGACGCUCGGCGCUCUCGAUGAGCAAGUUAGCGCGCGGAGAUCGAGUGUGAAGGGCUUACCGGUUGUCGACGUCGCAUCGCCCACGCUCUCCACCCUCGACAGCGCUCUCUUCCCUCAGCGGUCUCCUCCCUCCAAAGCACUCUCCCCCCUCGAAAGCGACUUCGUCUUGAAAGCGACGAGAUCCGCACGCGCUCAGCAUCUCGCGGCGUUGGCGACGACGCGGCCUCAUCCCGCGAGGAAGGCGACACCAAGAUCUCCUACUCGGUGUGAUACGCGCUUCGACGGCGGGAUCUCCGCCGAGAAGGUCGUCGCCAGCCGUCUCGCGCGCCUCGUCGCGGUUGUCCACGCCUCGACAGGCUCACCAAUGACUUUCGGCAUCGAGAUCUGUGGGGAUCUCGUCAAUUAG